AGCACAUUCAGUCCAUUCAUUACCUACUCCACCAAACUCUCAUUCUCCAACUUUAAUCAUGAAGUGCUUCGCCGUUGCCACUGUAGCCCUCGCGGCUCUCACUGAGGUCGCCCAGGCUCACUACAUCUUCCAGACCCUGACUGCCAACGGCGCCAAGGGAGGUCUGUUCCAGAACAUCAGGCCUGUCCCCAACAACAGCCCUGUCACCGACCUGUCAGACAAGAACCUCCGCUGCAACACCAACGGAAACAGUGGCAGUGGAACCACCACUGUGGCGGUUGCUGCUGGCUCGACCGUCAGCUUCACUGCCGACCAGGCUGUCUACCACCAAGGACCAGUUUCCUUCUACAUGAGCAAGGCCAGCUCUGCUGCCUCUUCAGAUGGUUCCGGUGACUGGUUCAAGAUCAAGGAAAUUGGUCCAAACUUCUCCAGUGGACAGGCCGUGUGGGACAUGAGCACCACCUACUCCGUCACCAUCCCCUCCCAGGUCUCCGCUGGAGAGUACCUCCUCCGUAUCGAGCAGCUCGGUAUCCACAACCCCGGCAGCCCACCACAAUUCUACAUCUCUUGUGCACAAAUCAAGGUCACUGGUGGCGGCAGCGGCAACCCCUCUCCUACCACCAAGAUCCCCGGACACGUCAAGUCCACCGACUCUGGCUACACUGCCAACAUCUACAGCAACUUCAAGAGCUACGUUGUUCCCGGCCCUAAGGUCGCCACCUUCUAAGUGUGCUGAAUGACACGCGACACGCCAUUGAGCGAGCGCUACGAUGACCCGGGUACUUUUUUUCCCAGUUGGUCUUGUUUCGAACUAGAAGUUCGAUUUCACUUCACUGUAUAUACCUCUGUUGCAUACCAUUUCGAUGUGUAUACAUCUAUACCCUUACUUCAAUUCAACCCUUAUCACGAU